CGUGUGUGCAUGCUCGGAGCCGGCCAGAGUAGCCACCGUAAGCGGUCAGACUCAGGAAAGGCUCUGACUGUAGGGCCUAUUAGUGCCAAAGGAAUGCUGGGAACGUAUAGCUUUCUCACUAAUCGACUGUCUCGUCAACCUACCGCUAUCGGUCACAAUGGCUACACGCCGUUUGAGCUGGCAGAAUAGAGCAAGUGAAUUUCGCAAGCUCAUUUGCCGCUUAUCAGAAAGUCUCACAGAGCGAAACGAUGGUCAAAUCAAGUACAUUCGCCAACUGACGGCUGAAAAGGCCAGGAGUAGUCUUGACAUGUUGACAGAACUGGAAGAGCGAGGAGAAUUUUCUCCUUACAACACGGAGCCUUUAGUAAAAUUGCUGCAGGAAAUAAACCGCCACGAUCUUGCGCAAGAAGUGAGAGGUACCUACCAAACAACCUAUCCCGACGUGACCCAGCAUUCAGCAGGAGCUACUGCUGCAGAGGACACUAAGCCGGAUCCCAAAGAAGACAAUCUCUCACAACUAGACCGCUCACGGUUUGACAGGAGCAAUGUCGGCCAGCUAAGUUGGCCACUACUACUUCAUAAGCAAAAUACGCAGCACAUGCGCAGCGGUUCCGUUACCGUUUUUAUACCACCCUCCCCGUCUUUACCCCUAGGAGUUAGAUUCGGAUCCAGCGGCAGUUCUUUAGGUCGUUCGGGAACUAUACGCCGCUCUGGAACGUAUUCUAUCCACUCUGUGGUGUCUGAGCACCCCAGCCAGGCAUCUCUUCAACUGGAGUUGGUGAGCCAAAAGGCCAGCGAUAGGCCCAGUGGGCUGGUAAUGAUACCAAUUGAGCAGCACCCAUCACAAGCUAUGCAACUUUCAUCCCACGAUCAUAGCCUCAAAAGGCGUGGUUUUUAUAACUGGAAACCAAAAAUUACUUGGAAAGGAAAGAAGGAUGGAGGUAGCUAUCAAGAAUUUACUGAUCGACAGAAGCGUAUUACCAAAUAUCUGUGGAACAUUGAGAGCAGAGAUUUGUUGUCCACAAUAUGUCAUAAGAGAUACCUACAGCGAAUCAAUUGCCCUCAAAAUAUUACCGUCGAUAUUAAAUGUGGAGAGGAUAACCCUCACGUAUUCCUCUGCCUCUAUCCUCAUGGUCUUUUUGAUGAUGCUGAAAAAAGCAUGACCCUUCAAUUCAAGGUGAUAAUACCAAAUAACUGUCCUCCUAUUCCUACUAAAGCUACGUUUAUCCUGUCUUGGGAGAUGCUUGCAAAGCAUGAGAAUGAAAGCUUCACAAAAGUUAGAAUCUCAGAAGCAAUUGACGCAAGUGAAGUUCAAAACAGGGAUGGAUUAUGUACCAAGAUUUCUUCUCCAUUCCCAACUUCUGAGACAGCCCUUUAAACUCCUGGAGAUUAAUGUUCACAUAACUACAGCCUACUCAAUCCCCAGCAUUUACCUGACCCCUGACAUGGUUCAGAGACCUGGAGAAAACAUUUUAAUGACUCUCAAGACGGCAUUUGGGAACAGGAGAAUUGACCAGGAAAUUGUCGACAGCUAUCUUCAGUUUGGACGCUCUCUUUUGAAUGAUGAAGAUGGGUCAGUUACAAAGCUAUAGAAAACAACCACAAUGGAAAUGCAGCUGAAAUUGUUCAUGAUAUCUUUGCGCGGUGGCAGCAAGGUAAUGGAAGACAGCCGGUUGAGUGGUCUACCUUUAUUGCAACACUCAGGGACAUUGGAAAGCAAGAAUUGGCCAACCACAUAGAGCAAAACCUAAAGCAUAAAGACUAAUGCAGUAUAUAUUAUAGCAUUCUCGCCUCUUUGUGUGGUAUAUCAAGAUUCCACCUACACACAUACCUAGGAUAGUUUGAAUGGCGGCUAUGUAUACCCAAGAGACCAGUGCAUAAUUCAUUCCACUUUAUAAACGUAUCACUAUGUUAUGUGAACUUGAAUGGAAUCAACCA